UGUGUGCGCAGCGUGCAGCUCCGGAUCCACCAGCAGAGGGCGCUCUCCGCUCAGAGCGUUUCAUUCAGACAUCCCAUAAUGACUGGUUUACCUGAAAACCAUCAGGUGUUAGGGCUCAGGUAGAUUACAUACUGCAUGACCGUGCAACUAGAAUCACAAACUGUCGGGGGUGCGCUCCUUCCCCCCUGAGCAGGAGUUUGAGUCCCGGAUCAUCGGGGGGCAGGAGGCCUGGAGGAACUCGUGGCCCUGGCAGGUUUCCCUCAGGUUCGCCUCCAUGCCUGCCUGUGGGGGGGCCAUCAUCGGGCCCCUGUGGGUAGUCUCUGCCGCUCACUGCUUCAAGAGGUACAACAAGGCAUCUUUCUGGACCGUCCUUGCAGGGAAACACGACCUGGACAACAAUCAGGAGCCGGGACAGCAGCUGGUGGGGGUCUUCAGGAUCCUGAUCCAUCAGGACUACAACCCGCGGACCAAAGAGCGAGACCUGGCUCUGCUGAAGCUGCAGAAUCGGCUGGACUUCAACGCCUUUGUCAGACCCAUCGACGUCUGGAUGUCCCCGUUGUCCCCCCACAGGAGGUGCACCAUCACCGGUUGGGGAUCAACCAGAGAGAAUGGUCCUCGAGUGAACCGGCUUCAGGAGGUGAACGUCACCAUCCUGUCCUCAGAGUCCUGUAACCAGUUCUACCUCGGGAGGAUGCGUCCCUCCAUGUUCUGCGCCGGAAGCCCCGGAGGGGGGGCCGACGCCUGCCAGGGGGAUUCUGGUGGUCCUCUGUCCUGCUUCACCGGUAGCAGGUACGAGUUGGCGGGUCUUGUGAGUUGGGGGGUUGGCUGUGGACGGGCCAGGAAGCCGGGAGUCUAUACCAAACUGCAGACCCAAACCCAGUGGAUGAUGGACGUCAUGAGUGAUGAGGACCUGCUGUCUGCAGACCAGGUCUCCGAAGAGGACAUCUGUGGCUUGGGCUCCGGCUGUGGGGGGGCUCUGGGCCUUGCAUCUCUCUUUGUGUCCCAGGAUGGGGGGGUUUCAGUGGGGAACGUGUCGGAGGUGUGUCCCUCCUCUUGGCCCUGGCAGGUCAGCCUGCAGGCCGAAGGACGCCAUUACUGCAGCGGGACCAUGAUUCACAGGGACUGGGUGCUGGUCCCCCAACACUGCUACAUCAGAGCUAAGGAGGACGUGGUAGUCCUUGGGGUCCACGACCUCCGGUUCUCGUCCUCUCAGACGGUCCCUGUGGACGCGGUGGUGAACCUCCCGCGGGACGGCACUUUCCCCCCCCAGUCCGACCUGUCGCUGCUGCGCCUCAGCAUGUCUGCCAGACUCAGUUCUGAUGUGUCUCCGGUCUGUAUCCCGGAUGAGGACGAGGAACUGGACAGCAGCUGGUCCUGUGUCACCACCGGCUGGGGGGCCACCAAGGUUUCAGUAGCGGCGGUGGAUCCGGACCGGCUGCACCAGGUCGGCCUGACUCUGGUGAACCACACCACCUGCCGGCAGCAGUGGGGGGGGGACAUCGUCACAGACUCGCAUAUCUGUGCACAUCCUGCCGGUUCCGCCUCCUGCAUGGGCGACCGCGGAGCACCGCUAUUCUGCCGCAAGCGAGCCGCCUACUUCCUGUUUGGUGUGUUGACGUGGGGAAGUCGGAGGUGUGAUGCAGACCGGCCCUCCAUCUUCUCCAGGGUAUCAGACCACCAUGUCUGGAUCUCCGAGGUCACCCAGGACCUCUGAGACUUUCGGACAAAUAAAAACACUU